GAGUUUUCGCGCAGUAACGGAUUGCUGUUCAGCCAACGUUCGCAGCUUUGAUGUCGAGGAAAGCUCUCGAGGCUAGGGCGUUCCUGCUUCGAUGCAGAAGAGCCUACUGCACCACGAAACCCGCCUACCAGGAACUCCGACCGGCGACUGCGCCGCGCCAAUUUCCUCCUCUCACCCAAAUCCGAGACAAUGUCGAGCUCUACGAACGAAAUUGCCUGGUGCGAAAUUAUGGCAGCCAUGAGGAUAUCCCCCGCCGGGUGACGGACAAUGUCAGAAGGAUGAGAGAGCUCGACCAACGCAUGGUCGGGUCUCGUCAUACCCUGAAAGAGCUGCAGAAGCAAUUGAACACUACGAAAGGAAACAAGGCGGACCUUGUGUCGCAGAUGAAGUCGGUCAGGCCAGAGGUCGACGCUCUCCAAGCUGAGCAUGAUGCUCUGGAGCUCGAGACGCGCUCUAUGGCGCUGUCCUUGCCCAACCUGACGUACUCGGGCACACCGACUGGUGGUGAACCAAGAUUGCGUUCCUACAUCAACUACGACCCAGAGAACCCUCCACAAUAUGGCCCUUCGGCUGAUCACUCUAUCAUCGGCGAGAAGCUCGGUCUUCUUGACUUCGCAUCAUCAUCAAUGACGUCUGGCUGGGGGUUUUACUUCUUGUUGAACGAGGCGGCUUUGUUGGAGCAAGCCCUAGUUCAAUAUGCCUUGUCCGUCGCCAUGAAACGCGGCUGGUCCGUUGUCUCUCCACCGUCUCUGAUUUACUCCCACAUGGCCACUGCGUGCGGCUUUCAGCCUCGGGAUCAAAACGAUGAACAACAGAUCUGGCAAAUAGCGCAACCGGAAAAGGACGCGGGAAAACCCACCCGGAGUCUUGCUGCGACAGCCGAGAUCCCUCUCGCAGGAAUGUACGCCAGCAAGGCCAUCCCCGCAGAACGCUUACCUGUCAAGCUUGUUGGGUCAAGUCGGUGUUUCCGCGCCGAGGCUGGUGCUCGCGGCGUCGACACCAAGGGCCUGUACCGCGUGCAUGAGUUUACAAAGGUGGAGAUGUUCGCAUGGACCGACUGCCCAUCAUCUAGUAGCAGCAAUGGAAGCUCGACGGAUGAGGCAAGCUGGACGGAGCAUUCAGGCCAACUUCUGACCGAAAUGGUGGAAAUACAGACGGAAAUCCUGUCUUCGCUGAGUCUGCCCUGCCGAGUUCUCGAGAUGCCAACAUCAGAUCUGGGUGCCAGCGCGUAUCGCAAGAUCGACAUCGAGGCAAUGUUCCCCUCAAGGAAGAAAAAGGACGAGGGAUGGGGCGAAGUCACUUCAGCGUCCAUUUGCACAGACUACCAAAGUCGCAGACUAGACACGAGGAUCUUGGAGGCUGACGGAUCGAGGAAGAAGUUUGCGCACACAGUGAAUGGUACGGCCAUGGCAAUCCCGAGAGUUCUUGCUGCGAUCUUGGAGAAUGGAUGGCGUGAAGACGAAGGCUGCGUUGUCGUUCCCCAAGUUUUGAGAGCAUACAUGGGCGGUCUGGAGAAGAUUGGACCUCGUUGAGUGUGCGCAGUCCUGUAUCCUAACGCAGGAACAUUGUCCCACCGUAUAUGCGAUUCUCGGCGGCGGUGUUCAAGACAAGCUCAGCAUUCGUCUUUCUCCAAACAUAUUCGCUUGAGGCGUGCGAUGGAGGAGUGCUUUCUCAAGCACCACCCUCACCACUUCCAAAUCUUCAGCGGAGCUGGACAAGCUUCUUACACUUCUUGCAUCGAGUGACACCCGGUGGGCGUCAUCGUGCUGUGUGAUCGUCACGCCAACCCAAGACUUUCUAUAUGAUUAUAUAAAUCCCACCUCAGAUAUGAAAGAAAUUAAAGCUAUACUUGCGAAUCUCACAUUCGCAACCUCCUA